AUGUCAGAAAAAGAUUUGUACAGUAAAUUGUGCGUUGCUGAGUGUAUCAACUCUGUCGUAAGUGAAGCGAAUAAAUUCAUUGAGGCGAAGAAGAUUGACAAACUUUCUUGUAACUUAGCAACAAUACUUGCAAGAGAUAGAGAAGUAGUUGCAAUUGAGUUAUAUCUGAGAAAUAUAUCUAAAGAUGCUUCCGUGAAAUUGGAACCAGCGGUUUUACAUAAUGAUAUAAUGACAUACUGUUCUGUUAAAUUUGAAUCUAGAUUAAAAAGACUUAAGAAUGAUAUAAUUUCUGAUAAACGUAAAGAUUAUAUUAAACGUUUCAUGGAUUUUGCUUUAAUCAAUGUUAAUAACCAAUUUUUAAGACAUCUCCAAAAGGUGGGAUCUUACGCUGAGUCUAUAAUAGAUAUCAUAGAAUGUGCACGUAAUAUAAAGUACAAACCCUUAUUUUCGAAUAUUGAAUUACAUUUAAUGAAGCCUAUUAUUAUAACCGAUCAACCCAUAUUUUCAUGGGAAAAUGUUAUUAAAAAGUUUAUUGAUAAUGAAGAGUAUGAACGUUUCACGAAUAAAUGUUUGGAAGAAUCGUUUAUAAUGGAAAAAAUAAGAAAAAUAUAUACUGACAAAACUACACAACAGCUUAAACUGGACACAGUAUCCAAAAGAUUUUGUUACUUGUGUGAAUUGUAUAUUGAUUUUGCACGAAAACAAGGAUAUAAUAUCAUCCUUUCUGGAACGCAUAAGAAGAUAUAUCAUGGAUGGAAACUUCCACACGUAGCAGAUUCCAGCUUUAAGAUCAAAUCCCUGGAAUAUUUACUAGAAAACCUUGAUCGAAUUAUAGAGAACAAGAUAACUAGUUUGGAAUAUUCUGAUAGCGAUUAUGAAGAAAUUUCUGACAGCGGUUAUAAAGAAAUUAUGAAAAUUCUUCGAUCAAUUGAAGUAUAA